AUGGGUGACGAGUGGACGCCUUUGGACUGUUUACUUCCAUCAGGCACACAGAAGAUUUGUCUGAUCAUUCUGAACCAACCCCUUGAUAAGGACCACCUACACACCCUCUGGAGUAAAGCUCUCUUGAGGGCAUGCGCUGAUGGAGCUGCCAAUCAUCUUUACAACAUCACUGCUGGAGAUCGUGACAACUUUCUUCCUGACUAUAUCAGUGGGGAUUUUGAUUCCAUUACUGCUGAGGUCAAAGCAUUCUAUGUAGACAAGGGCUGCAAGCUGAUUGAAACAGCUGACCAGGAUCUGACAGACUACACCAAGUGUCUGGCAGUCAUGCUGGACGAGAUACAAAAGAAAAAGUUACAGGUGGAUACUAUUGUGACACUUGGAGGUCUGGCGGGCAGAUUUGACCAGACCAUGGCUUCUGUUGAGACCCUUUUCCACGCUUCGUCCAUGACACAACUGGCUGUAGUGAUAAUUCAGGGAACAAGCUUUGCAUAUCUGCUGAGACCCGGCAACCACAGACUGGGAGUGAACACCGGUCUGGAGGGGGACUGGUGCAGCCUCAUUCCAGUAGGUGGACCCUGCCUAACAGUGACCACGGGACUCAAAUGGAACCUAAAGAACGAGGUUCUGCAGUUUGGGAAGCUGGUGAGCACCUCCAACACCUACGAGCCCACCGCCGCCGGAAACCCCAGGAAGGUCGUAACUGUGAUCACGGACCAACCGCUGCUCUGGAGCAUGGGCGUCAGGAACAACGGGGACUAAAACGUUGAGCGCGCCAGCAUGCUUCGAGUUUUACACACUUAUGAAAAGAACGUUCUUAAAUUCAGAAAUGCU